CCCCUUUAAGCCUGAGCCCCGCCUCCUGGCUCCUCGCCCCCUUCUUCUCCCCUCCCCCAAGCCCGCACCUGGUGUCCCGGCGGGUCGUGCGGCGCGGCGCGGCGCGGCGCGGGGCGGUGAGCGCAGGACCCCCAAGGGGCCAAGGAGCCGCGUCCCGGGGCCUCCCCCACCCUGGCCGUGGCCUCGCGGGUCCCAGGGGCGGAGCCGGAGCGGCAGCCGGGCGCGGGAGACGGGCAGUGGGGAGCGCGGGAGAGUCCGGGCCGAGCCGGGGAAGGGCUCUGGUGACUUAGGGGGACGGAAUGCCCUCCCGCCGUGCACCCCGCGUGCUGGGGCUGCGGGGUCCUAAGCAUGGUCGGGCUGUUUUCCCACUCUCCCUUGCCGGGCCAGUGUCCCCAUCCAGCCCGGUUGUUGAAGCGUCCCCGUAGUCCCCCUGGGUCCAGGUCCCUUUGUGGGGGGCAGCUAGUGGUCCCCAGCCCCUGAGACCGUCGUCGUUGAGGCCGCUGCAGAGGCGCGGGCUGGAAGCGGUGGUCUCUGAGGGGGGCGGCCGGAGAGAGUACCGACCUCCCUCGAAGUCCUAGCAGAGGCGGGGGUCCCAGCAAAAGGCACAGGGAUGGAGGGUGGCCCGCGGCCGGCAAGCUGGCCCGUGUGGGGCAGACGUCUGUGUGCCCUCCUCAGAUACGAGCAGAGUUGUGGGUCCGGGAAGGGUUUGGCUUUGGUACCUCAGUUCCAAAUAUCCUGUGUCCAUCAGAGAGCUGGCGGUCACCAUGGCAAUGCGGGAGCUGGUGGAGGCCGAAUGCGGGGGUGCGAACCCGCUCAUGAAGCUGGCCGGGCACUUCACCCAAGACAAGGCCCUUCGGCAGGAGGGAUUGAGGCCUGGCCCCUGGCCCCCCGGAGCCCCAGCCUCGGAGGCAGUCUCCAAGCCUUUGGGAGUAGCUUCUGAAGAUGAGUUGGUGGCUGAAUUCCUGCAGGACCAGAAUGCACCCCUUGUGCCCCGUGCCCCUCAGACCUUCAAGAUGGAUGACCUCCUGGCUGAGAUGCAGCAGAUUGAACAGUCAAACUUCCGUCAGGCUCCCCAGAGAGCUCCUGGUGUGGCAGACUUGGCCUUGUCUGAGAACUGGGCCCAGGAGUUUCUUGCAGCUGGAGAUGCUGUGGAUGUAACUCAGGAUUAUAAUGAGACUGACUGGUCCCAAGAAUUCAUCUCCGAAGUUACAGACCCCUUGUCUGUGUCCCCCGCUCGCUGGGCUGAGGAAUACUUGGAGCAAUCAGAGGAGAAGCUGUGGCUGGGAGAGCCUGAGGGAACAGCCUCUGCUCGCUGGUGUGAUGAAUAUCAGCCUGAGGAGGAUCUGCAGCACAUGGCCAGUGACUUUGUGGCCAAAGUGGAUGACCCCAAAUUGGCUAACUCUGAGGGUACAUCAGAUGCCUGGGUUGACCAGUUCACAAGACCAGUAAACACAUCUGCCCUUGAUAUGGAGUUUGAGCGAGCCAAGUCAGCUAUAGAGUUGCAGGCAGAGUUGGAGGAGAUGGCAAAACGGGAUGCUGAGGCUCACCCCUGGCUUUCUGACUAUGAUGACCUUACGUCAGCUACCUAUGAUAAGGGGUACCAGUUUGAGGAGGAAAACCCCUUGCGUGAUCACCCUCAGCCUUUUGAAGAAGGGCUGCGGCGACUUCAGGAGGGGGACCUGCCAAAUGCUGUGCUGCUUUUUGAGGCAGCUGUGCAGCAGGAUCCUAAGCACAUGGAAGCUUGGCAGUACCUGGGUACCACCCAGGCAGAGAAUGAACAAGAACUGUUAGCCAUCAGUGCAUUGCGGAGGUGUCUGGAGCUAAAGCCAGAUAACCAGACAGCACUGAUGGCGCUGGCCGUGAGCUUCACCAAUGAGUCCCUGCAGCGACAGGCCUGUGAAACCCUGCGCGACUGGCUGCGCUACACACCAGCCUAUGCCCAUCUGGUGACACCUGCCGAAGAAGGGGCUGGUGGGGCAGGACUGGGCCCCAGCAAGCGUAUCCUGGGGUCUCUGUUGUCUGACUCCCUGUUUCUUGAAGUGAAAGAGCUCUUCCUGGCAGCUGUGCGGCUGGACCCUACCUCCAUUGACCCUGAUGUGCAGUGUGGCUUGGGAGUCCUUUUCAACCUGAGUGGGGAGUAUGACAAGGCCGUGGACUGCUUCACCGCUGCCCUCAGUGUUCGUCCCAAUGACUAUUUGCUGUGGAAUAAGCUAGGAGCCACCUUGGCCAACGGAAACCAGAGUGAAGAAGCCGUAGCUGCAUACCGCCGGGCCCUCGAGCUCCAGCCUGGCUAUAUCCGGUCCCGCUACAACCUGGGCAUCAGCUGCAUCAACCUUGGCGCUCACCGGGAGGCUGUGGAGCACUUUCUGGAGGCCCUGAACAUGCAGAGGAAAAGCCGGGGCCCUCGGGGUGAAGGAGGAGCCAUGUCGGAGAACAUCUGGAGCACCCUGCGUUUGGCAUUGUCUAUGUUAGGCCAGAGCGAUGCCUAUGGUGCAGCUGAUGCCCGGGAUCUGCCCACCCUCCUAACUAUGUUUGGCCUGCCCCAGUGACAGUGGGACGGGCUGCCCUGUGAGUGUCCACUGGAGGGGUCCCCGCUCUGGAUGUGAUUCCUUCUCCCCAAAUGGGCCUACCAAGGGGGUGGGCUGAUGACCAUAAGCGGUACGGCCUUUCAGGAACUGCCUCAACGUAGGGGCGGGCAGUCUGUGUUCUAGUUCCUACAUAAUUGUGGGAAAAUGAGCUGCGUUAUCUCUGAGUCCCUUGGUAAUUCAAGGGCUGUACAUCCAGCUACAGAUCUCUCUGCUCAUCAUGCCUUUUCUUGGUGCUGCUUUUUGGGUAGGACCCAACGAUUUAGGGCCACUGUUGUCAUCAGCUGCCGUUUCUGAUAGGGUCUACCACAUUUGUAAUGUCUCGCCUUUCCCUCCCUUUUACUGGGAAUUGAUAAUAGCCCAGCUUCCUUGGGCAGUGUAAGUAGGAGGUUCAUUUGCUGUGCACCUCUAAUGAUGAUGGCCUGGGUUGGGACGUGCUAGGAGUUCCCUGUUUGGUUGAAUUGUUGAUUUGGCUGAGCAGAGCUGAGUUUUGGUAGGAGUGCUCAUAGUUCUGUUAUUCUUGGACCUCUUCUGGCUGAGCUCUGAUUCCCCGUGAGCACGACGCUGAUGCAGUAAUCCUGUGUCAUCAUCACAGUGGUCCUCAGAAGCUGCCAGGGCCAGCUGCUACAGAGUGUCUGGGUGUGUGGGGUUGGAGGAAGGUUCACUUGUGAAAGGAGGCUAGGUGGGAGCGUGGAGGUGCUAGAUCAGAUGAGAUCUAGGGCUCUGUUCUGGACCGUUGGGAGGACAGAGCAAGUGGGAAGGGGGUGUGGUGAGUGCAGCAAACCCUCCUCCUCUCAGAAGCACCUGUGAAUGAGAAUUGAGUUAACUCUUUUGGAAAGGUGGUUCAGAAAUUACAGUCUUUCAGAUUUCUAGCAAAUAGGUUCAGUGUUACCAUAAGCCUUUGCUGUACUUCUUGAAAUGUUUCUAGGGGAGAGCAUUGGAAAAUCCCUUUCCCCCAUGUUGUCUCCAGAAGGUGAAGAUUGAAAGAAGAUGAGGGAGCAGCUUGGAUUCUUCUCACUUGUCCCCUGCAUGGGGACAUAAUGACUGCUAAGCCUCUUGCCUUGUCCGCAGUAGCUAAUGAUCAGAGAGAUUUUUUUUUUUUUAACUACCAUGGUCCCAAGAUUGCAUCCUGAAAUUUAUUUUUCUUUGUAUGAAUAUGUGUAAAUGAUUUAAAAAUAAAACUGUAAAAUAUUUGUACAAAGAAUAAAUGGAACUGAUGCGGGUAUGA